AUGAAUCUACUUGGAAAUCUCAAGCACCUGCCGAGAGAAUGCGAGAGCGUCUUGUCACUCUUACCAUUCGCAAUUCCUCCUCCGCCUGCGAUCCCAUCAACACUCUUACCAACAGAGCUCCAACUGAGCACUCCUCACAAUCCUUUGAUUGAUUCUGUCCCGUUUCCUGAAAUGCGCAAUAAUCUUAUUCUCGAAGCCGACAAGUAUGAUAUGGCCGAGCUAGCAAGCGACGGCUAUGGCGGACUGUUCGGAGGGUUUAGUGAUCUGGAACUGCGCGGCGUUAUAGUCUGGGGAGACCCUUGGAGACUUGACCAGUGGGAAAUCACCGACGCAUUUUCAAAGAAAUAUCAAUUUCUCCUCGCUAAUUGUGGAGAUCUGAUUGAGUCGACAAAUCGGUGGAGGGAGAGCAGAGGAGAAGAUAGGUUAGUCGUCGAGAUAUGA